CAGUGAAAGCGGUGGCCGCCCCCUGCUGGCUGCUGGAGGACUUCGUGGUGACCACCGAGUGUUCGCUGUGCAACGCCUUCCAGUCUCGGUCGUGGUCGUCCUGCGGGCUGACAGGAUACGUGGAGAGAGUCAACUGCACCAGGUCCAACCGGGACGAGUACAAGAGCUGCCGCUCAGCAGUGAUGGAGGAACAUCUCUUCUGGAAGUUCGAGGCGGCCAUGUUGGCUCUGAUGGCGGCGUUCGCCGUGGUCGUGGUCAUCCGUCAGCGCUGGCUCGACCGCCUCGCCUCCGAGAAGGUCCGGCGCCAGAUCGAGUCCAUCUAGGACACCAGAGACACACCGGAGACACACCAGAGAGACACAGGGACAGAAUCUGCAGCUGGCAGGAUCAGGACUGAAGUUAAACCUGAACGUAGAGACGUUAAACCAGCCGAGGGUUCAAGUCCCCUUUGAUACCAGUUACACCUUCUCUCAAUCACUGGGUCAGGGAAACCUGGUCUCUGGCCCCCAAAACCACCUUUCUAUCAAAAUAAAAGACAACGAGCAGAA